AAUGAAGUGCACGUAAAAAUAUUCCGUCUCGGUACAAACAGUGAAACAAGCUACUUUUCCCAACUGUAAAAUCGCCGAAUGCUGACCAAUUCACCGAUUUAGUGUACCAAUUCGUGUCGUGUCGUUUCAUGCAAAUAUAUACGGUAGUUACCGUGUAAAAGAUCAUUUUCUUUAUUUGUGCAACCGCAGAACGACAAUUGUGUGGGGUACAAAGAGACAAAGAUUCGAACAGUUAUCUAAGUUGUGUGCGCCAUCGAUACCAACAUGACUGAAAAAGAUAGUCAAAUGCGUCUACGGAGUGACCUAGCACGAUCUGGUGGUAGGAGUACUGAAGCGGAUAUGACUGUAGCAGACCUUGCCAAUCUUAUGCAAUCACAACUAGCCAGUUAUCAACGUACAGUGAAGGAAGACUUCAAAAAGCUCGGAGAUUCCCUGUCGUCGCUUACAACACAGAUGAGCAAAUUGCGAAAAGAAAUUACUUCGGAUAUUGAGAAGCUGCGAGAUGAGAACAACCGCACAUUUGACAAGGAAACAUCGCUGGCAUUGGAUAGAUCUGCUCGAAUAAACGAUCUUGUGGUGAGCGGAGUCCCGUAUGUGGACGGAGAAAACCUGUUAUCAUAUUUUCACACAUGGUGCAAAACGUUCGGCUAUACUGAGACAAAUUAUCCGCUCGUCGAUAUCCGUAGACUCUCCAAGGGAAUGCUAACGGCUGGAAGCGUGUAUACGAUCCUGAUACAAUUUGCCAUCACUGUCCAGCGUAACGACUUCUACUCUCGGUAUCUUCGCUCACGUUCACUGUCGCUCUCUGAUAUCGGUUUUUCGGUUGCCAAACGAAUAUAUAUCAACGAAAAUUUGGGACCCAACGUCAGAAAACUACGAUCCAAGGCACUACAACUGAAGAAGGAUGGGAGGCUGCGAGGAGUAUUUACACGGAAUGUCGGUUCGCGUUGCUGCUGUUGCUGCCAAAUGAUAUUCUGCUGCUGUGUGAGAUCUGUUGACUGUUCCUGUAUACGGCGAUCCAUAUAUUUCUUGUUUCUGUUUGUGCCAAAAAAAUAUGAUGUUGAUGCUUUUUCUAGGAUGUUUGUUAUAAUGAAGAAUGUAGAUUUUUACGAAAUGCUCUUUUAUUAUCCUCCUUUGAUAGCUAAGUCCUUCUAUUUAUCCAAUGGCUAAUAAUUCCAAUUCUAACACCUCGACAAACUGGUGCAAUCCAGGUACUGUGAUGAAAUCUGCGUUAAUUAAAAAUAAGCUCUCUGUAUGCUGUGUGAAUUGUCAAAGUAUUUGUGCUCGUGCGCUUUGCAAGAUUGAGGAAUUGCGUCUGAUUGUUAAAAUAAGUAAUGUUGAUAUACUGUGUGUUAGUGAAACGUGGUUGAAUGAGAAUAUUGACAAUUCUAUUAUAUCCAUUGAUGGAUAUAAUAUUGUUCGACAUGACAGAGUAGGUCGUUUGGGAGGUGGUGUAUUAAUUUACAUAAAAAAUGGUAUAACCUGCAAUUUGAUCAUGAAGUCCAAUAAUCAAUUCAGAGUGACUAAUACUGAAUUUAUCACAAUUGAAGUACUUCUGGAAAACGAAAAAAUACUACUGACUGCGCUUUACAACCCACCAGAAAUAGAAUGCAAUGAAUCACUUGA